GGCGGGGAGCUCCUGCCGUCCGUGACUAUCUCGGAGUUUGGACGACAUCCCUCCGCAGCCCGCCAACCCGAGCGCUUAACGGAUCUGUCUCUCUCGGAGCGGAAAGGCGGCGAUCGCCAUGGAGACUUGAGGGGAGGUUAUAAAGCCGAUCUGGAGAGCCGCCGCCUCGAGUCACCAGCAGGCACACGAACCGGGGGGAUCAGGAGCAGCGGGUGGCCAUGCUGAAACCGCGGGACCUGGGCCCCGGGGCGUCCACGCAGACUUUCCUGGAGGCCAUGAGGGCUGGCCGGAUGCAUCUGGCGCGCUUUGUCCUGGAUGCCGUCGAUGGGACGAUUGUGGAUUUCCGAUCGGACCGAGGACGUUCGCCUCUCAUGUACGCCGUGCUGCUGAAGGACCCGGCGUGGCGACUGGCCUUUGCGCGACUCCUGCUGGAACAUCAGGCCGCCGUCAACCUGAGCGACGACGCCGGGCGCAGCGCCCUCAGUUUGGCCUGCGAGCGCGGCUAUUUGGAGGUCAUCAAGCUGCUGGUUCAGUUCGGCGCCGACCCAGACACGGUGGACGCGCGAGGCUGGAGCCCCCUCAUGUACGCCUCCUCGGAAGGGCGGACGGCGGUGGUCGAGUGGCUCUUGCGCGCCUUCCGCCGCUUCGGGCAGCUCCGCCUCGAGCGCGCCGACCGCGCCGGCCACACGGCGCUCCAGCUGGCCGCCAGCGGGGGCCACCACCAGUGCGUGCGGGCCCUGCGCUCGGCCGGCGCCUUGCUCCUCAUCUUCCCGGCAAGCUCGCAGGCCGGAGACGACGACGACGACGACGACGACGGGGCCGCGUCGGCUGCUUCUCCCCCGCUUCGCGCGGCCGGCGAGCGGCAGCUCCCACAACACCAGUGGAGCGCGCAGGAGCAGAGAUUCCAAGGGGAAGAAGAAGAAGCAGAAGCAGAAGAAGAAGCCGAUGGCCCUGAAGCGAAAAAGGAGCCUUCGGCGACGAGGGGCCGCCAGCUGAUUCGCAGGUCCACGGCCCCUGACUGUCAGAGUCUUCUCAGCCACUGAUCGUGGGCGCGGGCGGGCGGGCGAGGCGGCUGGCAGUGACCCGCUUUUCCUGAAGAGCCGCGGCUCGUCGCAGACGCCUGUCGGGUCCUCGCUUCGUCGCGAAGACGCCGCCGUUAGGAGUGCAUCCGAUCCAGCUUUCCUUGACAAAUUUCUGGGGUUACCCCACUCCGUUAUAUCGUGCUGUUGACUUCAGCUCGUUAGUAUUUUACAAUUCUGCGUCGCUAGCGGGUGGACUGGGAUGUGGCUUCUUGAAGGGAAGGUUUCCUUGAACAAGCAAAUUAGAAGUUUAUUUUUCUUUGCUUAUUAAAUGCGGCGGAAUACCUUCGGUCCUUUUAUGUGUGUGUUUUUAUGUCUUUUCAUACCAAAGCUAUGCAAUAGUUUGUUAAUGCUGCCCCCCCCCCAAAAAAAAGCCCCUCACCUUUUCCUCUGAAAUAAAAGGACUCAAAGUGCUUAGCUCGAAAUCUGCUCUCAUGGUGGUUUUCUGAUGAGGAAAAAAAUUUAUUUCUCAUGUUCAUCAAUCAUUUUUCAGCCAAAGAGCAAGAAAGCCUGAAAGACCAUUAAUAUGUGUUCAUGGCAGUUUCUAUGGGGAUAGUGAGGAUUGUGUUUGUUUAUUUGUUUGUUUAUGUUAUUAGUCCUAAUAAGAACCUAGAAUCAAGUACUAUAAAGAUAAAAGUUACAGGCUUUGAGGUACUAAAGGUACUGAAUGCACAGCCUCUAACAAGAAGCAGAAGAGGCAUAGAAACAAUAAAAAUAAUACGAUAACAUUUCAGAAGGGUAUUAAAGUUAAGACUUAAUUUUAAAAAAGAGCUUAUAUGAUCAAUUUUAUCUUGUAAAUUAUAUUGUUAGCAAUCAUUAUACUAAUGGAAGUGAUAUUUUAAAUGCACAUAUAAACCUGCCUUGAAAAGAA